AUGCUUCCUCAGUCUAGGCAUAGGCAUUUGGUUUCUUUGAUAGGGUUAUGCGAUGAGAACAGCGAGAUGAUCAUUGUGUAUGAGUUUAUGGAGAAAGGAACGCUUAAGAACCAUCUGUAUGACUUGGAUGAUGAUGAUAGCAAGAAGUUGAGCUGGAGACAGAGGCUUGAGAUAUGUGUUGGUGCAACUACAGGUCUUCACUAUCUCCACACAGGCUCGGCUAGAGCGGUCAUUCACAGGGAUGUGAAGUCAGCUAACAUUCUCUUGGAUGAGAGUUUCAUGGCCAAAGUUGCAGACUUUGGAUUGUCUAAGACAGGUCCGGAUCUUGAUCAGACGCAUGUGAGCACCGCGGUGAAAGGAAGCUUUGGUUAUCUUGAUCCAGAGUACUUGACGAGACAGCAGUUGACUGAGAAGUCUGAUGUUUACUCUUUUGGUGUUGUGAUGCUUGAGGUACUUUACGGGAGACCAGUGAUUGAUCCAUCGCUUCCGAGAGAGGAAGAGAUAUUGGAUCCUUUUCUUGAAGGGAAAGUGAAGAAUGAAGAGAUGAAGAAGUGCUUGGGGCAAAACGGAAGUGAGAGACCAACAAUGGGAGAUUUGUUGUGGAAUCUUGAGUUCUUGCUUCAGGUACAAGCGAAAGACGAGAAAGCAGCAAUGGUGGAUGAUGAUCUAGAGGCGAGCGUCGCGGGCUCAAAUGCUUUAGUACCUGAAGAUUUAAUGGUAGUAGUUGCCAACAUCCCGCUCAAAGACCUUAAGGCAGGCACAUCAAUGGGAAACGUAUCUUAUGGAGUCAUGUCUGCUUGCUGA